AUGCCUCGAGAUAAACUUAUCAUCAUUCUCAUGGGCGUGGCCAUUUUCUUGAACAUCGCUAUAUGUGCGGGUUUUGUUGUGUUCGAUCACGCUCGAGUUCGAGCUGCUGCCGCCGCUGAAUCGACGUAUCUAAAAAGAUCAUUUUCAAUAUUGCCAAACGACGCAUUGCUGCUUUUAAUCUUUCUACUGCUAUCGGUGACCGAGUCCACCAAGCCGAAUUCCUUCAAGCUAUUCAAGACCAAGGCCGAUAUCCAAACCUCCAAUAUCAGUACGAUGAAUGUUUGCGCGAUCGAGAAUUGGCAUGGAGCCGCAUGGACGCAUCAGAACUUCUCGACAUGA